GCAUCCGACACCUCUUCUUUCUUCCACUUUCCAAACCCUCUCUUUCUGUUUCGCUUUCAGCAGAGACUUCACUUUCCCAACAUCACCUGAGAAAGGGAUACUCUUCACACGCACGCCCUCUGUUUCUCUCUUUCUCUUCUUUUUCUCUUAUCUUCUGCUUCAGGACGCACAACAAGAGGACAACAACUACAACAACUACUGCAACAUGAUUAACUUCGAAGAAACCGAGUUGCGACUCGGCCUCCCUGGUGCCUCUGCAACUGAUCAUGGCGAGUUAACUCUGAAGGGCAGUGGUGGCAAGAGAGGCUUCUCUGAAACUGCUUCUGUUGAUUUAAAGCUCAAUCUUUCUUCCAAUAACGACUCUGCCUCGGUGUCACCGGCUACAGAGAACCCCAAAGAGAAAACUACAACAGUUGAACCUCCUCCUCGGGCUAACGACCCAGCAAAGCCACCUGCAAAGGCACAGGUGGUGGGUUGGCCACCAGUGAGAUCAUUCAGGAAGAACAUAGUGAAUGUUCAUCAAAGGAGCAGUGGCAAUGAAGAGGGUGAGAAGAGUGGUGGAGGAGCAGCGUUUGUGAAGGUGAGCAUGGAUGGUGCACCGUAUCUACGGAAGGUGGACAUAAGGUUGUACAAGAGCUACCAAGAGCUGUCAGAAGCGCUGGCCAAGAUGUUCAGUUCCUUUACAAUUCAGAAGUGUGGGUCCCAGGGGACCAAAUUGAUAGACCUUUUGAAUGGCUCUGAUUAUGUACCCACAUAUGAAGACAAGGACGGAGACUGGAUGCUCGUCGGUGAUGUUCCCUGGGAAAUGUUCGUUCAAACAUGCAAGCGCCUCCGCAUAAUGAAGGCUUCUGAAGCAAUUGGCCUUGCGCCAAGAGCCAUGGACAAGUGCAAGAGCAGAAGCUGAAGUGAUUUCAGGAAUCAGCAACAAGAAUCGGCUUGCUUGUUCAUUGGCCUCAGUCACAACGCACAGACACGGGGAACCCAAUUCACUCCGGCAAGAUUGAAUCUGAUAUAGGAAUAAUAAGAGUUUUAUUAUUAUGUGUCUUUGUCAGGUUUUUAAAAUUUGUUAUAUGUGUAUUAUAUGCAUGAGAAAAUAGUUGGAAAUUUGAUAGGGAGAAGAAAUAAUAUAGAUGUUUAUAUGAUCCCAAUUUUGUUAAAAAAAUGUGACUAUAAUGUUUGUUGGCAGCUUGCCUAAUGAUGAUGUGAAUGUUUGCAGUUUAUGUUAA